AUGGUCCUCUCAAUUCUCAUAGCAACGAUUACAGCCCCAGGCCUACUUGGCUCCCAGGAAGCAAUACGCCAGUCCCAAUCCAAAGAAAAGAGGGAAGAGCAUCGCGCUCGUCGUUGCAAUCUUAUCGCAACAUGCGUCAAGUCAUCCAAUCGCAGCCGAGAAAUCAACGGGCGACAGGUCGUUUUGAGGAACGGAAAACUAUGGAUUGAUACUGGAACCGAAGAUGGAAGCCCGCUUGGACACCCAUAUGCCGGGUAUUACCUGCCUUACCCGGACACAAAAUACGAAGGCCUUGUCACGACCAUCACUGAUGUUGCUCCGAUUAUGAAUUGGGUUUAUAUUGACAAAGAGACUUGCGAAGUCAAGUAUGGUGUACGCGCAGACGCACAACCUAAUCUCACUGGACCAUUUGACUGUACACGACAAGAUCGCCGGCUCACAUUCGAUGGCUGGGAGGGAUGGUGUGCUGUAGAGCAAGCGCCUGGUCUAUGGGAAUUGUACUUUGACCUCAACGACGAUGGACUAAAAUCAAAACUCGGGCCUGGAACAAGGGUGCUGGAGAUUGAGUUGAGUCGAAAGGAAAAGAGGUUCCAAAAGGAGACGAAUGCACGACAACAAGACCAAACAACAACAAGAGCUGUUGAUACAAAGGAAGAGGCACCGACAGACCAGCCGCUUGCUCCAGAGCCAUUGGUAUCGAAUCCCGGUGUGUCAGAUGAGAAGGCAUCGGAAGCGGGUGCUCAAGAAUCGUACAAGUACAGGCCGAUGAAGAUUCCAAAGUCGAUCUUUGAGAACCCGCCCCCUAUGAUAGAAUCCUUGGUAUUCAGAGCACCCACCCCACCGCCAGCGUACACUCCAGCGACAAAAGAAGAGCCCGAGAACGCGGCAGAAACAAAGAAGCCCGAAUCAGUAGAGAGUGAGGAGCCAAUUGCUGGUCCCGCCAUUACAGUCCAAGACACCAAUGUGCCAGAUGUCGACGAUCAGCAAGUCACGGGCCAGUCUAUUUCCGAACCAGAACAACCCCGAUUGACACCAGAUAACACGGUUCAGGCGCCUCUUAUCGAAACAGAAUCUUCGCCCCCAGCGUCACAGUCCCCGCCUACAAAAGAGAGUCGCACUACGCCUAAGCUUAAUAGAAACAGCGGGUCACGAGCUUUGGCACAAGCCCUAAAAUUUGAAGCCAUGGCAGCAGCACAAAAUUCAAAAGACCAAUUACGAGAACGCUCAAACGAACGUAGAUCGCGUGUUAAUAGCAACACGUCUUCCAUGUACUCCGAUGAUGACGAGGUAUUGGAAGACCCUGUAGCUGCCAAUGUACGACCUCAGCCGUCUCCCACCCCAGCACCUCUGGCUCUGGCGGUAUCGAAAACGAAGCAGGCAAUGGCAUUGGCAAUGCGACCCCAACAACCAGGAGUAGCGAAGCCUGCACCGAAUCCAUCCAUCGAACGACCAAUAACACCUCCACGCCAGCGGGCACGGUCUGUACGGGAAGACCCGGCGGUGUCUGGUUCGAUGAGAGCAUCUUCUUCACAGCGGCUUGCAGUCUCUAGAACAUCUCAAAGCUCACAAAGCUCAGCGAAAAGACCAACAUCUCAAUCAUCGAAUCAGAGACCUCCCUCAGCUCGACAGCAAAGGGAGCGCUCAUCUUCGGAGCAGCCUGUCUUAGCUCGCCCGUCAUCUAGACCGACAGUGCAAUCUAGUCCUGGGCCAGGUCGUCAAUCACUCGCUCGAACAAUGACAACUGGAAAAGGUAACCAGGGUAUGAGUAAUCGGAUAGGUGGAGGCUACGUAAGCAGAGAGAGAAAUAUGUCUAGUUCGGGAAGGCAGAUUGCUCCUCCUGUUGCAGCAAAUCGGUCGAGAUCUGCUACUGUUGGCAGGAAGACUACAUCUGCACUUUUUAGAGAGAUUGAUGACUUGGUCAAUCAGGAAGAUAAGGGAAGCGCAAGUACAAAUACGAGGGGGAGGGACGAGAGAAGGAAGUGA